CUCUCGGUUGCAUGCGAGUCUGGCUACUCUCCUCAUAAAAUGUAUUCCUCGAUUUUUAUUACAUUCUUUAGCAGAUAUAUAUAUAUACAGAUGACUUGAAGAGUGAGAUUGGUGGUGAAUUUAGACUCUAACACUAAAUGGAAAGACAUCACGACAUAACAACUGUAUAGAUAUUUGAAUUAUCCUAAAAAAUUCUGAUAUGGCCGUGAACGACCACAUCUGUCUGGAAAAUGUCACCAUCUGCAAUGGCACAUCCUGCUUGUUGCCCCCCGACAAUUACAACUACAUACUGAACUUGGUACUAAGUACUGUGAUUACGAUCCUAUUGGCAUUGGUCAUGUUUUCUUUGGGUUGUAGUGUGGAAUUUAAAAAGUUUUGGGGUCACAUAAGACGUCCAUGGGGCAUAACAGUGGGUUUCCUUUGCCAGUUUGGAAUAAUGCCGAUUGUAGGAUUUAUACUGGCACUUAUUUUUGAUGUAUUGCCAAUUCAGGCUGUAGUAAUCCUUAUUAUGGGAUGCUGUCCAGGAGGAACUGGCUCCAAUAUCUUGUCAUUCUGGGUAGACGGAGACAUGGAUUUAAGGUAAGAGUUUCUUAAUGGCAUAUUUUAAAAACACAUAGUUUCCUUUUGUUUUUGUUUUAAGGUUAUGAUGUUUUUUUACCAGACAAUGUGUAAGUUAGGAAUAUUUAACAAACAAAUAUAAAAAACACUGUGAAUAAAUAAGCACCUGUUACCGUUAGUCCCUCGUAAUAAAUUCCAGAAAUGUAAUUUUUCCUUCAAGACGCAAAGCGGUAUAUUAAGUGUUGAAGGAAUAUUUAUUUUUGGUCUACCCGGUACUGUUUUUCAAUAUUUUUUUAAUUCGACAAUAUUUUUUUUUUGUUUGGAUGUGAAUAUUAUGUAGCACAGAAGAACAUUCACAUUUAUAUUCUGUACACUUUGAGGAUUUGGCUUAGCUCAAUUAAUAUAAACAAUAUAAAUUAUAAGGAUUAACUGAAAACCUAUUUGUGUAACCAUAAUAAUGAGUAAUAUACUUUUGAUGAUGUUUAACAUCCAUCCUAUAUAUAAAGGAAAGAUUUCAAAGAAGUGUUCAACUGUUAAAAGGAAUUGAGAAUUAUUCAAAAUGUAAGGAUUGGGAUGGUGUUAAAGUGAUCUCAGUUGUGGAGGGAAAUGUUUACAACUAUUCCCAGAGUUUGCAAGGAUAGAACAUUGCAUCAUAUAUAUUUCAUUUAUUUAUAUAUUCCAAGAAAGGCGAUAUCAAAAUCUCAAAUGCUGUUUUGUUGAAGAUGACAGCAUUGAAGGGUUCCUCAUAAUCAUUACAGUGUUGUAGUGGUUAUGACGUAAAGAGUACCCUGGACCCAUUUUCCAGAAAUGGGACAAACUGUUUCCUGAUGGGUUCCCGGCCUCCUUUGUUGGCAGGUUUAGGACAUCCAGCUUCUGCAGAACAGAACUUUAGAAACUCUUCUAAUAGUAUUGGAUACCUCCCAAAAUUUCAAAUGGACAAAAAGGGAAACUUUCAUUUUAAGGGUGUGAGUUGGUGGUGUGGUCUGGGGUAGGGCUGUUUUGACAAAUUUCACAUGACUUAAUAAAAAUAUUUGUAUUUAGAUGUAAUUUAGAAGAAGAACAAUGUAUCUUAUUUACACAGACAUAUUUAUUGUAGUUUAAAGACACAUCACUGUAAGUAUUAUUGCUGGGGAGCUCUGGUAUACACUCCAACAAAAUGGAGCAGCUAGAAAAAAGAGGGACAUUAUGAAAGAAAAGGGGGCAGAGGGAUUUGGUCCUACAAAAGGGAAUGUCCCUCCUAAACAGGGAACCUUGAAAUGUAUGGUAUUUAAUCAUUUAGUAAGCUUAUUAAAAUGGCACUGUCUCCGUCUGGGGACUUUGCAUAAUCUGACAGUGAUAUCGCCGCUGAAGGUUUGGUUACUUUCCUGAAACCGUCCCUCAUGGUCACUGCCAUCUUUUUCGGGUCAGUCCUCUUAUGGGGCUUCAGCCAACAGCACUGUUAUACUCUUACGCAUGCAUGAUAGUUCAGCAUUGAGAUCUAUGGAGGUCCUGCAAAACUGCAGGAUCAUCCAUAGACACAGCUUAUGUCUAGCAGUCAUCACUGGUGAUGGCUGGGAGAUCAACACUUCUAGACAGUGGUAGCUCCGUCCAGUGUCUAGAAGUGUCAGGCAUAGGAAAUAUACUGAGAAAAAGUAGUCCCUAUUUUCUAAAUAAAUAAAUAACCUUGUAUUUUUUUUUUGAAACUCUGAGUCCGGCUGGUGACAUUACCAACAGUGCCAAAGCCUUUAAGCAAUCAGAAAUUACAUCAGAAUAAUAAAUGUGACUAUAAACAUGACAUGAUGACAAUACAAUAAAAUGUAUGAUGUAUAAUUUAUUGAUGUAGUGAAAUAUUGCCCAUCCCAAGAUGUGUUUACUUACCAUACACAACAGUUGCCAAGAGGUAAUACUAAAGUUUAAUAGGCAAGGAAAUAUCCUCCUUCUGAUUUUAUAGAGAGAUAUGUUUUAUUUACUUAUCACGUUUACUUUUGUACAGUAUAGUGAAAUCUAUGAUAAUUGUGGAAUGAGAACAUUGAUGGUAAAAGGUGUUUUUAAAACAUAACGGAAAGUUGUUUCCAGAGAACCGUGCAGGAACAAGCAAUUAUUCUUUGCAAUGCAGACUACAAGCGCAAGAAUAAAAAUAUGGCAAAGCAGACAUACAGAAUAUAUGACAAUGGGUUCAUUAACCAGGAAAACUGAAUAUGAACUAUUCUCAAGGAGUGUGAAUAUUCAGUCCCCCUACAUAGAAAAGAAUAUAGAAGCAUUGUAUUGACCUUUUGUAUGCUGCACUGAAAAAAAAUCAUUUAUCUAUGGAAGGAAAACCUUUCAGUACCAAAUUCAGCUAAAACCAUUCACUUAAAUAAUUUGAGACAAUUCAAAGACUUUACUCUAGAGAUCACAUUUGAUCUUAUACAAAUAAAACACUAAUUAACUAGAAGUUUCAAUCAGUACGCCUAAAUGAUGCACACGCUGGGGCCAAAAUAACUCUGGGGGCAAAAAAUUAUUUAUUAGAGUCCCAGAACCCUUUAUUCAAUCACAUCAUCUCUUCCACCUCACGUGGGCCAUCCAUAUUUCAGCAUCAAUUCCAUCCAACCUGUAUAGUAAUGAUAGGCUCACUGGCCUAAAAGCAUUUUCAAGUGAGAUCAAGAGUGGCCACACUUAUUGUCAAUCUGUUCCCAAACUCUUUAAUAAAUGCUGGAGGACAGUGGUGCUGAUACAGUGUUGGCAACAUAAAUAAUGCAUUACAUUUUAAUGCUUAUGUUGCAUGGAGUGCCUCUCUAAAACAAAAAAAAAGGCUGAAGUAAUUAAAAUCAUCCUCCCAACUGGAAGGCUAUGUGGAAAAUGUAUUUUCACCUUUAAUGCAAGGCAUGUACUUUUCCUUAAUCACAGCUGAAAUGGCAGUGAGAAUGGCUAAGGAGUAGGAAACUAUUUGGGUCAAUUUAUUUCAAUGUUGGUAGCAGUUACUCCUCACACAUACCUUUAGACAUAAAUUUCCAUUAUCCUUGGUACCAGAUUGUUGAUUCUUUUGCGUACAUUGGAGGUGGGCUGCUCUACAGCUAUACUACUUAGAGGAACUGCACUACACCCAGAGCUGGAUUAGCCAUUAAGUGUUAGGGGGUCCUCUCCCAUCUUGGCCCUGUGCCCCCUCACUUCACUGAGGGAGCGUUGUGGUCUGAGCCAGUAUCUGGUACUCACCACUUUAAGAGUGCACUUGAGGUCCCCCCAAUUUGAACGCCACACACAACAUUCAUCCAGUACACACAGAGACACUCCCUCUCACCACAGACAACACUCAGCCUCUGCACUCACAUACACAACACACAGGAGGAGCCCCAAUCUGGCUCACUGCCAAGGACCCUGGGCAAUGUUUGUCCAGCUCCACAGCUCUGUGGUGAGGGAUAUUGUUACACAACCAGGCUAGUGUUACAGGAUAGGUGAAAUUCCCAUACGGCACAGUUGCAACAAAUUUCAUCUCAACAGUGGGAAAUGAAAGGGAAAAAAGAUGUGUACUGAAAAGUAACACAUAUUUUAAAAAAGAACAUUUUGUAAAGAACUUGAAUAUAUAAAAAAUAAACAUGAACAUUUUCAAUGCUAUUUGUUUUAUUUCUAUUGCAGCUUAAGCAUGACAACCAGUUCCACAUUGUUUGCAUUGGGUAUGAUGCCGCUGUGUCUCUUCAUUUACACCAAAAAAUGGGUAGAUUCUAACUCCAUAGUAAUUCCUUACAACAGCAUAGGUAAGUACAAUUAACUGUAGAUUUUUUUUUAAUGGUGCCUCAAUCUUUGAUGCUGUUUUGUAUACAUUGAAGUUAACAUUUUAAAUUAAAGGAUCUUAUUAUUAUAUUCAUUUUAAAGGACCCUUAUAGUGUCAGGAAAACAAACUUGUUUUCCUGACACGAUAUGAUCCUUAGGCCCCCCACCCUCAGGUCCCCCUCCUGCUGGGCUGAAGGGGUUAAAACCACAGGAAGACAGCCACAAGAGGCUGGAUUAACCCUGCAAUGUAAACAUAGCAGUUUCUCUGAAACUGCUAUGUUUGCCUCUGAAGGGUUAAAACCUGGGGGACCUGGCACCCAGACCACUUCAUUGAGCUGAAGUGGUCUGGGUGACUAUAGUGGUCCUUUAAAUAUAUGCUAUGAAGAAAGGUCAGACCAUGACGAGAAGAGAAUGUUUUGUUCACAGUUAACUUUAUUAGUUUAACUUUAUUAUUUUACAUCACUUCUCAAAGAUGGAGCUAUAUAACGAGGAAGAUAGUAUAGUGCUCUGCAAGGAAACUUAGGGGCAGGAGGUAUUUCCCCUUCCCUCCCCUCCUCCCCCCAUGUACCUGUCAAUAGGUGGUGCUGAGGAACAGAACUUACUGCACACCCCUCUGUUAAGGGACACUGUAAUCUCUAAAACCAUUUCAUCUUCUUGAAUUGGUUAUAGUGCCUGGGGUCCACUGGCACUGUCCCUCUUUUCAAUGUGAAACUAUUUUAGAUCACUUUAACACAAAAUAAUUGUCCCUGGCCCACAACAAUUCAGCCCCUUUUGGAGGUGUAACUAAGGCAGAGAUCCCUGUUGGGGACCAGACCGUAUUGCGGAUGGCAUGGGCCCUUACAAGUAGUACAAAUACCAGCUCUCAAUCAUCACAACAACAGCUGCACUGGGAGGAAGUGAUGUCCAUUUACUUGCCAGUGCUCAAAGGAGGCCAUGGCACAGCUUGGAUUCAGCUCCAGAUCCACAGUGUAACUACCCUCCUGGCAAAAAGGAGAAUGGCCAAAUCAUCUUAAAGUUGUGUAUUUUUCUGUCUUAUAUUUGUGUCUGUGUGUCUGACUGUGUGUCUGUGCAUGGCUUUAAGCAUGUGUGUCUAUGUUUGCCAGUGUAUGUGUCUAUCUGGUAGUGUGUAUAGGUAUCUGUGUGUGUGUCUGACAUUAAAUAGCCCUGUGUGUAUGUCUGUCUGUCAGUUUGUAUCUGGAUAUGUGUGUUUAUCUGUGAGUGUAUCUGGAAUGUGUAUGUGUGUAUGGAGAGUGUGUGUGUGUGUGUGUGGUUUCUAUGUAUCAGUAUGCAUGUGUGUAUGUGUGUAUGUGUGUAUGUGUAGGUUGGUGGGGCACCACCAGAGCACCUGGAUUUGUAAAGAGCCCCAAGUGCUGAUGAACAUUUCCAGGAUAGUCCCAAUUUUGAGCUAAUGCUGUUUCCUCCUGGGUUUUCUCUAUUGUCCUGUUUUGGGAAAUCCAUGUUACCAAUAGGUGUUGCACACAAGAGAAUCUUUACACAAGCGAGUCACAGAGUCACUGACUCACCACAUCCCUCCCUCCUUUCAAAUCUCCCAGUUUCAGGAAGAGUGAACAAAGGUCUUUCAAAUCAUGAAACAUGAAAUAGAAACACACAGAAGGUUUUACAGGAUAGGAUAAAGUAUUAAGCGCUGUGAGAAUAGUUAAAUACACAUAAAAGAAUAUGCUUAAUUAUAUGGGGGAAGAACGCCGAAUACAAUUUCUGCUCCUUUAAAUAAUACAUGUGAUAACACUAAACAUUAGCACAUCCAAUAACCCAGUUAAACCAUCAAGAAGCAGGUGCUUUGUAACUUGUUACAUAUUUACCAGACCUUAUUGAGACACUACCUUUUCUUUGCCUCUUUAGAAACUCAUUGACUUAAAAUAAACUAUGUAAAGCUGGGCUCUGUUGAAAAUAUGCAGUGUAAUCACAUAGCUCAGUCGUAUUAUUCAGGUAGUGAUUUUUCUGAGGGCAUUGUGCAAUUGACUUUUUUUAAAUGGUCGUAACAAAUCAAGUCUUGGUGAUAAAUAGAAUAGAUAAAGGCAUGUAUUAUUACAGCUGAUUAAUGUCAUUUGGAGGUUAUUGGAUGUGGUAAAUCAAGUGAAGUAGGAAUAAGUAGUUUCCUCAAGCAUACUGAUUAGUUUGCUUCGAAGAAGCAUAAACUAUGUGAGUGAAACUUUAUGAAUACACCAUUUUCUCACAUUGUAGUUUAACGUAGAAACUGAGGAUUAUUUUGGGGCAAGAAAGGUGACAUAUAUGAAGUGGUGAAUAUCUAAUUAUAUAUCUAUUUCUUGUUUCUUCUGGGCGAAUAGCAAAUCAAUUUAUGGAGACCUGAGCAACCAGCUCUCCAGCUAAUAUAGAUUAUACAAGUCCCAUGAUGCUUUGUCACACUACAUGUGAGCCGUCAGUCUACAAGAGUUAGGUCCACACCUAACCUAAACUAUUACGGGGGUAGGGUAUUUUUGUCAUCAUAUUCCCAGUAUUAUGGUUCAUUUAUUAUACACAAGCUGUAUAAAAGCUAAAUCAGUAAUGAUAAUAAUAUUUCAUUGUCUGAUUAAAAUACGCAAUACUGAAUUUAAAACUAAAAUAUGGAAAGAGCAGAGGCAUUGCUGUGAGGCCAAAGGAGCAUUCAGUCAAAGAGAAAAUGUUGUGGCUUAUUCGACCCUCUUAUUCUGUGCUAUUCAAUACUCUGCUUCUUAAAUGUUAAAUCAUUACAUAAAAACAUAAUUUGUUGUUACAUAACUGAGAGGAUCAGUAGACGGAGUUACUGUAAAAUCUGCAUUUGGAGAUGUAAUUUCUCCCUCUGCUUAUAACAUUAAGAGCAAAAUAGAACUUCCAGUUACAGAUGUGCGGAGAUAUUCCUUGGGCUCCAUCUUGGGUCAGCCCCGCCCAGCAACAUUCAUGGGAAUUAGUCACUUUUAUGGUAUAUUGAACACAUAUAGCUAUAGUAUGCAAAGUUUCUGCAGCAGCAAUAAUAAAGGAAUUUGUAUUAUAUUUAUGUUUAAUCACAUUCUAUAUUUACUGUAAAAUAUAUUAUUAACUCCUCCAUUCCAUUUAUUUAAGGGAUUUCUUUGGCGACACUGGUCGUACCUGUUGGAGUUGGCAUGUUCGUUAAUUAUAAGUGGCCCAGACAGGCAAAGAUUAUACUUAAGGUAUUUCAGCAUUCAAUAUAUAAUGUCCUCUAACAAAAAAUCCAAGGAAAUACAAGAAGCAGAUGUAUGUAUUAAAAUACUAAAGAGACAGUCCUGUAGAGCAAACAAAAAUGUCAAAGUAGUUAUAUAAUUAAUAAUUUCCAUUUGUAUUAAAAUAUUUCAUACCUCACACCAUUUAAAAUAGACAAAGAGGGACACUUUAAUUUUAGGAGUUGGAGUGGGGGGUGAAAUUUUAGGUGGCUUACUAAUAACAAUUUAUUCACCUAAACUGUAAUUUACAACAAUGUAUUUUAUUUAUACAGACUGAUUUCUAAACACAUGUAUUGUAGUUUAAAAACCCAUUAGUGGGAGUAUUAUUGCUGUGGAGCACUGUGAUACACUCAGAUACGCCAACAAUGUGGAGCUCAUAGAAAAUGAGGGACAUUAAGAUAGAAAAGAGAUACAAAUCUUUUUGGGCUCAAAGUAGGGAUUUUCCUUCUUAAGUAGGGACACUUGGGAGGUAUGAUAUGUAUCAAUGGCAGCAGGUGAGGUUUCAAGAUGGUGGGGCACCAGACUCCACCCCCAGGUUUAUACUCAUCCUUAUACGGUACAGAGGUAUAAUUCAGAGAGCUGAGCAUAAUACAGUAAUGCUCAUAUAAUAAGACAAGCUGGGCACAACAUAAAGAUAUUCAUGAAAUACAUAGAGCUGAGCACAAUACAGUGAUAAACAUACAACAAACAGAGCUGAGAAAAAUACAAAUAUAACACACAGACCUGGACACAAUACACAGAGCUGGGUAGACUACAGAGAAACCCAUAUAAAAUGUAGAGCUGAGUAAAAUACAGAGAAAUAACACACAGAAAUAGGCACAAUAAGGAGAUAUUCCCAAACAUCCCUCACAGUCAGGAUCACUGUGAUGGAUUGCAAAGAGAUUUUCACACAGUAUAUGUCUCUAUAAAAUGGUUUAGUUUUACCUUUCUAUUGAAUAUUGCUGUUGUUAUUAAACAUGUCAGCUACUCCAUUCACCCUGAGCACACAGCGUGGACAUUGUUAAAGCAUCAAGAUACUGAUAAACUCUUACCAUGUCAGCAAAUCCUGACUCACUAUUAGCUCUCAGCACACAGUUUACAUUGGGGUAAAGCAGCAGAAUACUGAGAGAUUCCUUAGUACAUUGCAGCUGACAAUAUAAUUAAUCUGCAGUGGUAAUAUUGAACCAAGAAGUAGCUGACAUGGUUAAUAGAAUCAACAAUCAUUACAGAUUUAUAGAUCAAAUAGAUUGAAAUCAGAAUCAGAUCAAUCCUCAGAGUCAGAGCCCAAGUCCUGCAGUUUGAAGCUUCAAACCUUUUCAACUAACCACGGCAUUAGUGUCUCAGGUCUCCGCUGAAUAGUGACUGAGCACUUUAAAGAAGAAACUCAGUAUGUGCAGUAGUAGUUAUUAAAACUAUUAGUGACAGGCAGCACAAUGCACCAUGUCAGAACCUUCCCCCUUUGUCACCCUUGGCUUUAUAUGUUAACGAUAUAUUUGAGUAAAUCGCAUUGCAUAAUCAGCCCUCAGGCAGUCACUAGGGCUAUUGUGGGAGAGAAAAAGAUAUUAUACAUUUACAUUUGUCUGUGCUGCUUCCAAGAUGACUUCUUGCUUCGCUCUCCUGUAGCCACUGUAACCCUACCUUCUGGUACUAUCAGCCAAUGAUGGUCCCUGAAUAGAGAGGCCAUAAGCAUACCUAACAUAAUGGGCAGCUGGCUCUGCAUGCACAAAUGGUAACUCGAUAGAAAUUCUGGAAAUUCCUUCUUAAUGGACACUUGGCAUGUGCAAAACCUGCUGAAACAGGACAGAUUUCAAACCAGCCCCAUUUUACAUGCCUUGAUACAGGUGCCAAAAAGAUUGUGGUGAGGUUAAACACAAUAAAACUCCCCACAGUGCAGUUGGAAAAAAUACCUUGUGCAUCACCUAAAUAUCUCAAGUUGGACAAUAUAAGGUACAGAAGCUCAAGAAAACAUGUUUCAACAACUAUCCAUGAGUUCCUAGCUUGUAAUGCAAAUGAGCACAGAUAGGCAUUGUGUUUUAGACAUCACAUUGCAUUUCUGCAGAUACCCUUUGCAAUGCCAAUAUUUAAAACACCUUUUUUUAAAGCAUACUAUGGGUUGUGGAAACAUGUUUUCUCGAGUUUCUGUAAAUAAGGAGGACUUUUCAAAGUCCCACUUGAGAUACGCAGAUGAUGCAGAACCGUAAUGUUCCUAAUGUAGCCCAUGGAGCAGCGUAGCUAAGGGGUGGGCCUUGACAUUGCCAGGAGACAGGCCAUCUAAAGGUCAGUGGUCAGGGAUUGGUCAUUGGAAAUGGUGGGGUGGAGUUUUAAAGGGGAGUAUAAGUAGCAGCCAUUUUAGAACUAAGGAUCACUUUAAUCUAAGUUACACUCACCUGUUUGUUGUCCCACCCUCCCUUUGCUUUCAGGUGUUUCCCGUUUGGUCACGGCGGCGGGGGAUGGAGAGUAAAGUUGGGGGGAGAAAAGAGUGAGAUGGGGAAAAAGUUCAGGGCUAAUAGGUGGGCCUUUGGACUGGUUUGGUAGGUUCGAGCUGGGGUGUGUAUGGGGUGUCUCGGUAUGCCCCUACACUUGUGGUGCCUUUGGUGGCAAUGGAUGUUGCCCUUCGGUGGCAAUGGAUGGUGCCCUUUGGUGGCAAUGGUCAUGUUUCAUGUUAAAUAAAAUGUUCAAUGUUUGGGUAUUAUGUUAUGUGGGGGUGGGUCAUUGUCAAGGGGUUAAUUUGUAAAAUGCAGGAUGUUAAUUGUGCAGGCCAACAUUAGCCUGCUGUUGACAAUGACCUUUAAAUUUAUGUUAAUUACAAAUAAAGCUGUGAUAUAAUUUUGCCAAAACCAUGGUGUCAGUGCUUUAUUGGGGAUUGGGUAUUUGGUGGGGGUUGUUAAGCAGAGGCCGACAAGGCGACUGUGCCCAUGUCAAGUUUUUUAAAAGGGUGCAAUAAAACAACUGUUAUAUAGCUGUCAGAUUAAGGUUCUGUCCAGUGCUAUUUUACCUUUAAUUUGGGAGACAUUCACUUACCAAACAGUAUAUACUUAAACAUUUCCUUAUCAACACACAAGAAUCAAAUAGCACAAAUAUGAUCAGAUUAUCUUGAAAACUUUAUUAUGUAUUAUUAUUUAUGGAUUUUGGGUGUAAUUUGUACUAUAUGUUUGCCUUGUAGAUUGGUUCUAUUACAGGAGGAAUUCUUAUAAUAGCAGUUGCUGUUAUCGGUGGAGUUCUUUACAAAGGAUCUUGGGCGAUCGAACCAAAGCUGUGGAUAGUUGGAACUAUAUUUCCAAUUGUGGGUUUUAUAAAUGGUUUUUUGUUGGCUUGCUUAUCCAAUCUAUCAUGGAGCAGGUAAGUUAAUAUAUUGAUGUGAUGCAGAGUGCAUAAAUAGUAGUAGGACACAUCUUUUCCCUAUGUUUUGAUUCCCUGUUGUAAUUCACUGUCUAUGCCCUUACUCACAAGGUGUAUUGAAGUAGGAGUAAGAGAAAAAACAGGAAUAGCAAGACAUAUUACCAAUCCUUUAUGUGACCAGGCUUAAUGGAAGACAUUUAAAGAGGUGAAAAAGCAGAUUAGCAUGGUUACAAAACAAGCCAUAUUCAGGAUACCAGAAAGCUUCAGAAUGAUGAAUGUGUCAGAACAGGGUAAUGAUAAAUUCUAUGUCCUAACCAGACAGAAACACACUUAAAGGAAAACUCCAGGCACCAAAACAACUUAAUCUAAAUGAAGUUGUUUUGGUGCUGGGAGACCCCUGGAGAGUGCCGCCUAAAGAGUCGCUGCUGAAUGGUUGAGAUUUAGCUUUCUAAAGUUUUAUAAGCUCAUGAUUUAGUUGGGAUAUAGCUUUUAUUCAGCUGUGUCAGAAGGUGGAAUGUGCAUACAAGGAAGGGAUGUGACAUAGCUAAACUCAGGCUGGUUUGGCUAUAGAGAGAAGUGUGGUAGAAACAACCAUUGGAAUUAUCAUUGAAGCCUGCUUUUUGUGGAUUGCAAAUUCAGUAUUCCUGAGCCCUUUUAUCAGCUCUGCUUUUCUAUGUUUUUUUUUUUUGUUUUUUUUUUUGUCCAUCUGUGUGAUUUAUAAAUUGGAAAUAAUUGUCACACUUAGCUGAAAGCAAUGUCCCCACAAACAGCUUGCAAUAAAAUGCCAGCACGCUUAGGCUGCUAGCCAGGACAUAUGUGAUUUUAGACCGUCUGUGUCUGAUUUGUCAUUUUUUCACUAUAUUACUAUCUAUACCUCACAGCUUAGUAAACACUUUCCUCUCCUAAGAAAAGAAAACACAUUAAAUAUAGCAUGAUGUGGUUUGUGAGCAGAGAGUAAAACCAAAUCUAUUAUAACAUCUGGUUACUUUAACCCCUUAAGGACACAUGCUAUGUGUGACAUGUCAUGAUUACCUUUUAUUCCAGAAGUUUGGUCCUUAAGGGGUUAAAUAAGUACAAAAUAUAGGAUCUAGACUCAAUGAAAAGCAUCCAGUCCUUGUAAAAAAACACUAUUGGGAGCUGUACAGUUUGAGAAUAUUCACCAACAGUUAUUUGAUCAAUAGAUAAGUACAGAGAAAAGAAAUGUAAUGCACUGUACUAAGGUCUAAUGAGCAUAAAGGUAGUCCAAGCUUAGAUCAAGCCUUGUACCAUGCCAGCCAGCAGUACCCUUUCAAUGCACACAAAAAACAUUUUGUAAGCUCUAAAGUCUAUGUACACUUGGCAGAAUGCCUGUCAUUACAAUUCAGUGUCGCAACUGACAGUGGCGAUGCAUAUUAAAAUUCAACCCUGGAAAAAGCCAACGAGAAAACAAGAAACAAAUAGCAUAACAUUGUUUUAGCACUCCAUAAGUCUCUCACAUUAGCAAGGAAACCUGGAAAUCAGUGGGAGUUCAUUCAUACAGUCAUCUGGGGCACCACCCCUCCAGUUUUUAUGUGGGGAAAAAAUAUUUGCAAUAGUUUGGAAAUACUAACAUUCUUAUUCUGGGUGUAGGGGUGGUAAUCUAAAAAAAAUGGGAAAAAAGGUAGAUUAACAUACUCCCGCAAUUGCCUUCAUGUGUUUCAAAAUAAAAAAAGAAUUGAUGGUUGUAUAGAAGAGUGAAUUUUGGGGGGAAAAAGUGCACAUGAAAAAAGCAAAUAUGAAAAUUGCCUACAGAGAAAAGCCCACACAGAAUAAUAGUAAUUUUCAAGUUAAAGGGACACUAUAGUCACCCAAACCACUUCAGCUCAAUGAAGUGGUCUGGGUGCCAGGUCCCUCAGAUUUUAACCCUUCACAUGUAAACUAGAGGCUGUCUUAACCCUGCAAUGUAAACUGCUAUGUUUACAUUGCAGGGUUAAGACAGCCUCUAGUGGCUGUCUUCCUGACAGCCGCUAGAGGCACUUCUGAAAUGCUGGAUGGGAAAUUCGCAUCCAACGUGGAGAACGUCCAUAGGAAAGCAUUCCGCUCCACUCGGGAGCUGACGUCGGCGGGGGAGGAGAGGUCACCAGCGCCGAGGGAGCCGUCGCUGGAUAAAGGUAACUUGCUGACACUAUAGUGAUCCUUUAAGGUGCCGAUGUAUGCAAAUUAAAGUAUCAUACAUAUAUAUAAUUGUAGAUAACCAUUUAUCUCCCAUAUAUGAACAUGAAUACUCAUUGCCUAUAUAUUAUAUUGUUAUUGAUAGCCUAUGAUUAAAAUAUUUUAUAAUCACAUGCAACAACUUCCAUUGUGAUUUUAUGGUGUAUAAUUAAAUAAUAAUUUUGCUAUAAGUAUUAAUUGUGAAACAAAAGUGGCCUGUGUAUGAAGAGGGUUUUAAUGCUCUUGAGUGUAAAUGUUUGUAAGGGAAAAUACAGGAAAUAAAAGUGAACAGUUGUUUUUUUUUUUAAAUCAAUAAACAUACUUUUAAUUCCCAUACCAUAUUCUCCUUCACCCUAUUGACUAGUAUCUCUGUCUGUCUAUUACCCUAUUGGUGAAUUUCCCUUAGAUCACAUCUUUCUUUCUGUUGGUCUCUCUCCAAUUCAUUCUGACCUGUUUUGCCUUGGAUUAGCUGACUGCUGUUUAUUCCCUCCCCUUUAUGGUGCAGAGCAUUUACUGUCUCUCCUCCCCAAUAAGCUGCUGGCAAUUAUGUUAACACUUUCAUGCCAGAUGUAUAUACAUUUGAUUUCUAAGUUAUGUUAUAUAUUGUUUACUUAAAAUGAUAUUACUGGGGGGCAAAGCCUGACCAUCAUACAGAGCAGACGCAUUAACCCGAGACUUCAUGGAAAAAUUAUUUAUGGUGUAAUUAAGCUGUAUUGCUGUUCAACUAGUGGGCCGACCGGGUCUAAUCCUCGCCCUACUCGUAGGUACUCUCGUAGUGGCACAGAUGGGGCUCCUUGGUCUCUCUCCCAGCAACAGCAAUAACUGGUCCGUCUUGCGGCCUAGGUGGAGGCGUGGGCAUGGAUGAGGCAGCCAAACACCCAACCCAGGGCUCCCUAGAUCCUUGACCUGAAGCUGCAGGGGACCAUCUGUGAGCCCUCCUCUCCCCUUACCCCGCGCCGGCAUUGGAGUUUGAGAAGUCUACCAAACUUGGGAAUUGGCUGACUGUCUAGCCUCAACAUGUGAUAGCCUGAUACCAGUGUGAAGUUUAGGGAUUCUUGUGGCCACCACUUUUUUUUGUUUGCCUUUACCCGAGCCAUAUCAUGCCUUGCUGUACCUUACCUCCCUCCUAUUAAUUACAUGUAAUAACCUUGUUCUAAUAUCAUCGUGGACUAAUUGCAUUAUUCUGUGUCCUGCUUCAAACCAUAACUACUCUACUCUACUCUUGCUUAAUCUACUAUUCCAAAAAUGUGCAUGUUUUCUCAAUAUUCCUAUCGUUAUGCGUGAAGCUUGACAUGAGGACUGCUGUUGGGGCACCUCAAAUAUGUUUGUGAUAUCUUUAUGCACUGCAAAAAUACAAAAUUAUUCUUUUAUUUUUUUUAAAUGAUAUUACUUUAUUAAUUAUGUAUUGGGAGAACUGCCUAACAACCGGUAAAUUUCCAAAACAUCAUAAAAUCUGUACAAGGGGGUACUAUUUAGACACUGCUGAACACAAAUAUGAGUGUUUAAGAGCAGCAAAACAUUUAAUGAUGAUUAUAUCAUAAGUGAAAGUGUAAUUUUGCGUGGUUUUUGACUAAUUGAUUACUAAAAAAACUGAACGUGCCCCAUUUUGAAUAACCUGGGUUGUCUAUUUUUUCAAAUGGUUUGCCAUAAUGGGGAUCAUUUUCAUUCUUGGCCUGCCAUUUGGUCUCAAAGGCAAUUUUUUAUUUCUUUUUAAAUAUUUGUAUUUUUAUUAGCAUUAAUACACAUAGCAUAUAGCUGUUUCAUGUAGCUUAAUAUCACAGAAUAGACAUAACUCAAAAUACUGGGUAUGGGUGCAGUUCAACAAGUAACUCACUUAACUUAGAACAGUGUUUGAUAGCUCAUCAGAUGCCUUACAUAUGGCAACAGGUAACUAUAGAUGUGGAAUGGCUCUUGUGCCGAAGUCCCUUUAAGGCAUGGAAGAUAGCCUAUGGAUUAUUCCCUCAGACAGUCUUUUGUUAGGUCUUGAGCUGCCCUCUCUGGGGUCAGUGGCCUCGGGUGAUGCCUUCCUUUGGACUGUUGUUUCCGCUCCGGUCAGGGUUGGCAUGUUUGAAGCCUUGAAGAAUGGUACUGUAUCUUUGCUGCAUGUAAGGGUCUCCUCCCGCAGGAAACUACCAGGUAUCCCCCUGCUCCCCAGCGGUAUCUAAUGGACAGGUCACAGGGCCUCCUAGCGACUGGAGCGAGCUUUCAUUUCUCUAGGAGAACUGAGAAUGGGAGAUAUAGUGUUGCACCCCUCGAGGUGCACUGUGCCUAUGUCUCUGGAACGGUUUAGAAUGGCAGACCUUGCCAUAACAUCUCUGGCGACUGUAAUGAUGUCUCUGGCAGCCCCGGCUGGUGCUAUAGCCGACUUGCGAAUGCAGAAUGCUGAGAGGACAUGUGUGAUCUACCUGUGAGGCUCAUUGAAGCAAUCAGCCUCUGUACAAAUGGGAACAAUUCCCUCUCUCCAACCUCUUCGGGUAUGCCCCUUAUACAUAUAUUCCGGUAGCUGGGCAUGCCUCAGGGUCUCCCUCUCCUCCACCGCCUGUACCCUCCACUGUACCUUCCCUAUCUCUGCUUGAGCCUGCCGGAGAUCUGCCUUCCACUCCUGCCGCAGAUCUGUUAGGAGCCUCUUGAUGUAGCCUUUGGUGGACGGUGAGGAGUCAUCAUCUGAUUCAGAGGAUUGGUAAACUCCGCCUGGGCGAGGUGAGUCAGGGAGCUCCUCAUCCUCAUUUGAGUCCUCCGGGAUGCCCCGAGCCCCGGGCGCCAUCUUGGAGAGUGUUGGCUGUGCAGGUCUCUCGAAUGAAAGCCUGAUAUCAUGCAGUUUGUGCGUUUCUGGGCGCUGGUGCCACUUAUUUUUUUGCCCCAUAGCAUCGGCUGGUAGAGGGGUGCUAAGUAGUCCUCAAAAAGCUGAGUUGAUUCGGGUUUGUGUCUCUUUUUAGCAAGGCUGUAUAGGAGCUAUAGAGUAUUGCGUCCGUGCGGUGUCUCAGCCAGCCACACUCCCCAAUCUGGCAAAUUUCAACGUGUAAAAAACGGAAAUUAGCAAGCUCUUUAUUUGAUCCUGUAGGUUUCUAAAACACCAUGAAACCUGUACAUGUGGGGCAUUGUUGUAUCCUUAAGACUUUACAGCAUACAAAUAUGUGUGUUUUAUUUCAGUAAAGGCUAAGAGUACCAUAACAUUUACACUUAAAAUGUCAUGUAGACAUAGACAAAUUUCUUAAUUUCUCACAUCUUUUUAGGUUUUAUGCAUAUUAAAUUAUAUUUCAUAUAUAAAUAUAAGAUGUGAAAUGAAAGCCCUGUUCCUCCUGAAUAAAACUAUAUAAUAAGUGUUGGUACACUUAAUAUGAAAGAGGUACAUUAUAGUUGAACAGAUAUAUAGCUCAAAGUCUAGGUUUUGUUUUGGUCAGAACUUGUACAGUUGCUUCCACCUUAUAGUGUUGUAGCCCUCUUCAUACACAGGCCACGUUUGUGUUGCAAUGAAUAAGUAUACUUAUAACAUAGCAACAUUAUUAUAACUUGAUAAUAUAUGUAUGGUACAUUAACUUGUGCAUGCAUCCUUUACUUGAAAAUGACUAUAUGUUCAUAUUAUUCACAGUGGGCAUUUUGCUUUUUGGGCUUUAUUUCUGUGUGGGUAUUUUCCAGUGUGCAAUGUUCAGUUUGAGCAAUUUUUAAUGUGGAAAAUUUUUAGUGUGAGCAAUUUUCUAUGUGGGCAUUUUUCUUGUGCGUAUUUAUGACAGUGAGGUUAUUUCUGUGGGUAAGUUUCAUGUGGCCUAUUUUCAUGAGCGCUUUUCUCUGGUCACCUUUGAGAGUAACUAGUCAUGUCACAAAAAUAGGACAUACCUAAAAUCUGUCCCGUUUCAGCAGGUUUUGCACAUGCCUAGUGUUCUUUUAAAAUAAAUUUCAGUCUCCCAUGUCACAGUGGCUGCUAGACAUUAACUGGCUCUAUACUGGAAAACUACCAUAUGCCCAACAUAAAUACAGUUGUGAGAGAAACUUGGCCUCAAUUAUGCAUAUGAAUGACUGUGCUUCAAAUGUGACAAAUGUCACUACUCAGGCAGUCCUGGUGCCAUCUAACCAAGGGAUCUGCUCCAGCACCUUCUUAGAACAGAUGGAGAUUACCAUGUUUCAAUUGCCUGGGAGGGUGGAAACAUCUCACUACCGUGCAAAAUAAUUACAAAUUCCAAAACUCCAAAACCUCCUUUUUUGGAGUUUUGGAAUUUGUAAUUAAUUUGUACUUUGAAUUUUAUUCUCAUUUCCAUGAGGGAAGUUAUGCUAUUGGCCUCUCUAUUCUCGAUCAUUGGCUGAUAGCACCAGGGGUGAGGAUUCAGUGCCCACAGGAGAGAGAAGCAAGAAGCCAUCUUCAAAGCUGCAUUGGGAAUCCUCUGAAUUUGUGUCCAGGUGCACGCACGCACGCACAUCUGGUCUGAGGUCUGUGUGGGAGGAGGCAGGUACGCUAAAGUACCUCAAGGGAGCUAACGGAUUGAUUAAUAGCCAGGAGGGUGUCCAAUAGUUCUUUUAUAAAAGUUCAGAUUUCUCACAGAAAUCAGCAUUUUUUUAACUUGGGUGUUAAACGCGGAUACUCCUCAUCCUCACCCAUUAGGUGGUCCUUUAAAUAUACCCAAGCUUUAACCAUAGCCCUUGUUCUUAACAUUAAAAAGAACAAUUUUUUUAAAUAUAUUUUAAUUUUUAUUUCAUUUUUCUUUUUUCCCCCAAGUUACAAAGAAAUAUGCACACAAAAAAUAAAUAAUAUACAAAAUGUAGAAUAGUAUAUUGCCACAUUAUACAUCAUACAUCCUACGAUCUAUUCUGCCUUAUCACCUUCAGUAGCAAUUUAAUGUCCUUUUUAUAUUUUAAGAUCAGCAUUAAUCCCUUAUAUUAAAUAAACAUUUAUUUCUUAUACAUUCUAAUACAACUUAUACAUAUCCUGAAUCUUAUUUAGUUGAAUUUUAGUCAUUCCUGCCCUAUCUAUAUAUUGAACAAACUAUUGUUUAUUUUGGUUUUAAUCAGAAUAUGUGCAGAGCAAAAAACAGACAGCUUUGAUCUAGUGAGUUGAUAAAUUAAUUAACAUAACAGAAAAAAAGAGACACAAAAGUUACUGUAGUAAUAAUUUCUUCUAUGUAUGUACAGUUCCAAUUUAAUUUAUGGUAGUUCCAACCAAACGUCUAUAUUAAUCAUCUUCCACUACUAGGAUCUCUAUCGAUUUGAAAGCUUAUAUCAUUUUGUUUUAUACCACCCACUUUAGUUUAUAUUAGCUAUCUAUAUUUAUAUAUAUCUGUCUUAUUGAUUUCCCAUCACUUCCUUCUAAAUCCCCCAUUUCCACCUUGCCCAGAUUUUUUCAAAGAUAUCUUGUUUGCUUUUUAUCCUGUAUGCCAUCUCCUCGUAAGUUUUAGUGAUAGAGAUCUUUUCCCUUAUGCAUAUGCCCAACAAGAGCUCUAAUUCUAGCAAACCAUGCAAUAUAAAGAAAUAAAAACAAUAGUUAAGCAUUUAUCAUGAUGUUUCAAGAAACCCUGCUAAUCGCAUUACUUUCCCAUAACCCAUAGUUCAUGGUUCUCCUAUAUAUAUAUAUAUACAAUAAAAUAUGUAUUUACAGGGAGUGCAGAAUUAUUAGGCAAAUGAAUAUUUUGACCACAUCAUCCUCUUUAUGCAUGUUGUCUUACUCCAAGCUGUAUAGGCUCGAAAGCCUACUACCAAUUAAGCAUAUUAGGUGAUGUGCAUCUCUGUAAUGAGAAGGGGUGUGGUCUAAUGACAUCAACACCCUAUAUCAGGUGUGCAUAAUUAUUAGGCAACUUCCUUUCCUUUGGCAAAAUGGGUCAAAAGAAGGACUUGACAGGCUCAGAAAAGUCAAAAAUAGUGAGAUAUCUUGCAGAGGGAUGCAGCACUCUUAAAAUUGCAAAGCUUCUGAAGCGUGAUCAUCGAACAAUCAAGCGUUUCAUUCAAAAUAGUCAACAGGGUCGCAAGAAGCGUGUGGAAAAACCAAGGCGCAAAAUAACUGCCCAUGAACUGAGAAAAGUCAAGCGUGCAGCUGCCACGAUGCCACUUGCCACCAGUUUGGCCAUAUUUCAGAGCUGCAACAUCACUGGAGUGCCCAAAAGCACAAGGUGUGCAAUACUCAGAGACAUGGCCAAGGUAAGAAAGGCUGAAAGACGACCACCACUGAACAAGACACACAAGCUGAAACGUCAAGACUGGGCCAAGAAAUAUCUCAAGACUGAUUUUUCUAAGGUUUUAUGGACUGAUGAAAUGAGAGUGAGUCUUGAUGGGCCAGAUGGAUGGGCCCAUGGCUGGAUUGGUAAAGGGCAGAGAGCUCCAGUCCGACUCAGACGCCAGCAAGGUGGAGGUGGAGUACUGGUUUGGGCUGGUAUCAUCAAAGAUGAGCUUGUGGGGCCUUUUCGGGUUGAGGAUGGAGUCAAGCUCAACUCCCAGUCCUACUGCCAGUUCCUGGAAGACACCUUCUUCAAGCAGUGGUACAGGAAGAAGUCUGCAUCCUUCAAGAAAAACAUGAUUUUCAUGCAGGACAAUGCUCCAUCACACGCGUCCAAGUACUCCACAACGUGGCUGGCAAGAAAGGGUAUAAAAGAAGAAAAUCUAAUGACAUGGCCUCCUUGUUCACCUGAUCUGAACCCCAUUGAGAACCUGUGGUCCAUCAUCAAAUGUGAGAUUUACAAGGAGGGAAAACAGUACACCUCUCUGAACAGUGUCUGGGAGGCUGUGGUUGCUGCUGCACGCAAUGUUGAUGGUGAACAGAUCAAAACACUGACAGAAUCCAUGGAUGGCAGGCUUUUGAGUGUCCUUGCAAAGAAAGGUGGCUAUAUUGGUCACUGAUUUGUUUUUGUUUUGUUUUGGAAUGUCAGAAAUGUAUAUUUGUGAAUGUUGAGAUGUUAUAUUGGUUUCACUGGUAAUAAUAAAUAAUUGAAAUGGGUAUAUAUUUGUUUUUGGUUAAGUUGCCUAAUAAUUAUGCACAGUAAUAGUCACCUGCACACACAGAUAUCCCCCUAACAUAGCUAUAACUAAAAACAAACUAAAAACUACUUCCAAAAAUAUUCAGCUUUGAUAUUAAUGAGUUUUUUGGGUUCAUUGAGAACAUGGUUGUUGUUCAAUAAUAAAAUUAAUCCUCAAAAAUACAACUUGCCUAAUAAUUCUGCACUCCCUGUAGUUUUUCAUUAUUUUCUCAUUUGCACCAAUUUUUUGUUCUUUUUAAUUUUGUUCACUUUGUUUUGCACAAACUCACUUUAGAAGUUCAUUGCCAUAUUUAUAUGGCGUAAAAUAUAAUUAGGAAUAAAGAAUCAUGUUAAAAAUUCUACAUUUUAGAAAUGUCAAGCCAUAAAUAGAACCAAUUUUUCAAAGUCAGUGCAUUCCCUUUGACAAGGAUAAAUUCAAACAACAAUAGACCUAAAUUCUGCCAAGUUCCAGUUUAGACAAAUGUACUAAGUGUUGUAACAAUAGUGAACACAGCAGUUGAUAUUUAGUACAUGGUGUAAGAAAAAGCAUAUAAAGAAUAUAUUUUUUUCAUCUUAACAGAUGCCGAACAGUGUGCCUGGAAACAGGUAUGCAGAAUACACAGCUAUGUUCAACAAUAGUCCAGCUCUCAUUUCCACCUGAGCAACUUGCCAAGGUUUUCACUUUCCCGCUGAUCUACAGUAUUUUCCAGAUCCUGUUAGCCAUACUGUUUAUGGCAGGUGAGUCAAUUUGUAAAAGUGAUUUUUACAUUUAACUAUAUAAAUUUAAAAAUGAUAUGCAAGUGUGGCCACUGACUUGCAUACACCCCAUAGAGGGACAAAAAUUAGGUGCUCACUAUAUGCUUUAAGGCAGCAUUAAAUCUUACAAGGAUUCCCCAAAACCUUGUAGGAAUAAAGACAGAAGACAAGUACAAAAAAUAGAUAACAGCGCCUUAGAACACAUUAAUGUACAAAAGUGAAGUCAAAUAUAAAUCAUAUGUACGUACCUUUGUUAAAAGUCUAUGAAGUCUUUGGCUGUUAUACAGUGCAAGACAUCACAAAGAAAAGGAAAAAGAGAUGCAAUAAUAGUGCAAUAUGUCUUUAACACGGUGAAGUAGAGAACCUGCAUUUUAAUAAAUAACUGCAGCUCCCAUGCACAUACCCAUAAGCAGAAUAUUUGCCCAUUUACAUUUCUACUUCAUGCUAUAUCUACUGUGACUUCUAACAGGAGAAGAACCAGAAUCAUCCUGAAUAGUAUUGCAAGAAAGGGGACAGAAUACAAGUUGCAAUAUACUUUUGUAUUUUUUUGCCAACAAUUAAAGGACCACUAUAGGCACCCAGACCACUUCAGCUUAAUGAAGUGGUCUGGGUGCCAGGUCCAUCUAGGAUUAAUCCUUUCUGCUGUAAACAUAGCAGUUUCUGAGAAACUGCUAUGUUUACACUAGGGUUAAUCCAGCCUCUAGUGGCUGUGUCAUUGACAGCCGCUAGAGGCGCUUCUCACUGUGAUUUUCACAGUGAGAAGACGCCAGCGUCCAUAGGAAAGCAUUAAAAAAUGUUUUCCUAUGGACUGGCUUAAUGCGCGCGCGGCUCUUGCCGCACAUGCGCAUUCAGCCGAUGACAUGAGAAGAGGGAGGAGAGUCCCAACACCGAGCCCAGCGCUGAAAAAAAAUGUAAGGGAUUAACCCCUUCCUCCCCCUUCAGCGCAGCGGGAGUGAGACCCUGAGGGUGGGGGCACCCUCAGGGCACUAUAGUGGUCCUUUAAGAAUGAACGUUUAAGAAAAAUAGUAAAGAAAGAUAUUGAACUGUGCAUAUUUUAUAAUUUAAAGCUUAAAAAAUAUCUAUAUCAGAACAUUGUUAUUCAAUAGAUUUAUACACUGGUUAUUCCCAAUUAUUAUCCUAGGUAUUAAUAAAUAUGCUUAUUUAUGUUUUAUAACUUUGCUUAAAUUCAGGCAUCUGUGCCACACCUAAUGUAAUUUAAGAUAUUUUGCACAGAGUAUUUGUAGAAAUGCACGUUACUGGUCUUUUUGUUUACUGUGCAGCCACUAGUCUGUAGUAUAAAGGAAAUUAAAGGGACACUAUAGUCACCAAAACAACUUUAGCUUAGUGAAGCAUUUUUGUGUAUAGAUCAUGCCUGGCAUUUUACUGCUCAAUUUACUGCCAUUUCAGAGUUAAAUCGUUUUUGUUUCUGUGCAGCCCUAGACACACCUUCUCUGGCUGUGACUGACACAGUCUGCAUGAAAACAAAAUGUUUUCAUUUUAAAUCAGAUGUAACUUACUUUAAAAGUUUUUAUCUCAUGCUCUGUAGUUUGACCUUUAAUUGCAUACAGAAGGCUUCUGUCAGGUCUAGCAAGCUAUUAAUGGAGCAUAAGAUAAAAAAAAUUCUAAACUAAACAGACUGUACAAUAAAGGAAGUGUAAACAUUAGAUGACUCUUUAUAGGAAGUGUUUAGGAAGGCUGUGUAAGUCACAUGCAGGGAGGUGUGAUUUAACUUCACAAAUUGAACAGCGACACUGCAGGGACAUGAUCUACACACCAAAACUGCUUCAUUAAGCUGAAGUUGUUUUGGUGAUUAUAGUGUCACUUUAACGCAGUAAAUCGUUGGGAAUAUAUGCCAUAAAAUACAGAGCAGUUAUUUGCCUACUUGUAAGCAAAACUUUGUUUAUUACCAGUUAGAUAAAUAAUCUGUGUGUCAUGUAUAUUUGCUCAUUAUCUUCAACCUUCAUGUAACACUCUACAACAGAUUUUUCUGCAUUAAUUGUUUUGAUUCAGAAUAUCACAUAAAGACAUAUUAGAUGUGCAAUGUCAUAAAAUAGAAAAAACCCAGGAUUUUGCUUUGAAUCUGCACUUUAAACCUUAUAUAUAUUACAAUAUAGAAAAUGUAUUGUUUGUGAGCAUUUGUGAGUCAUACAGCAUAAACAUAGCACAGCUAUCCCAUUUUGUGUUUUGUAUAUUAUGUCCUCACAGCCAGCAAGCCUGUAUAUGAAUAGGCAAGGUCAUAACCGCACUUGAUAGGGAUUUCUGUACUUAAGUUAAAAGCUUUCUGAUUUUACAAAUGAAUAAGUUGAAAAUGGAAAUUUACAGCAAAUAUUUUUCUUACAGGUUACCGAAUAGUCAAGUGUUUUUGUUUGAAACAAGAAGAAAAGGACACUGAGUCACCAUAUGCAAUAUCAAACGAGGGAUUUGAAUCCAAAGAGAAAGCCAAUGAGCUGUCUUUGACCAAUGGAAACCUUAAGGCAUAAGUAGUUCUGAAGGCUUCUUAAACUAAUAUAUCAUUGUUUAGAAGCGAAGGAUAAAAUUCUUCAUUCUACAACAUUUUGUAACUCUGUUUCGGAAUCUUGUCAAUCAAAGCAUUUAUAGUGAAAGGUAAAUUUAAUUUGUAUUGAGAUGGUGGACAGCAAUUAGCUGUAGGUUUAUCAACAAAACUAGUACUUUAAUCAGAAGCACAUUAAACACAUGAAUGCCUCCAAAGUCAUUAUCGUCAUUGACCUAAUUACAUAAUUUCAUGGUUAAUAUUGAUAAGAAUGUGUCUGCAAACAACCUAUAUAUUGUAUAUGUAAUGUAGCACUUUAAAGCAUAGCAUUGAUGAAUAUUUGUUUGACAAUAUCUGAAAGAGUAAAAUGGGUUAUUUCGACCUCCAACUUUAAAAUUAGCCGAAUUAUAGUGAAAGGAGACAGAGAAAAUACUGUAUUGAGUAUGGAAGCAUACAUCAGCUAAGGAAUCUGGCUAAGGAAGGAAAUGAACAAAAAGAUAAGCUUAUUUUGCCAUACUUUUUUUUCCCCCUUCAGUUUAUAGGGCAGUCCUUCUAAAGGUUAAAGUAAUUUAAGGAUGUCUGCAAAAAAAAAACCACAAUCUAGGACACUCCAUAAUAAGUGUAAGUAAUAAGGGACCACAUGCAUAACCCCUUAAAGAGACACUCCUUUGCCCAGAUGCAUAAAAAUCUCUUUUUAGAUACACCCCAAAUGAAUAUAAGCACGCAUAUAACAUUUUUUAAAUUGGGUAUAUAUAUAUAAAAUCAGCUGACAAAAGCUGUAGUUCUCGUCUGCUGCCUUUGCAAGCCCUCCUCUUUUAACCCAGCCCAGACUCUCUGUGGCUAUCCAAUCACAGAUGUCCCAAUGCAUCUCAAUUAAAAGUCUUUGCAAGGCAGGUGUUCAUAAAAAUUGCUGCCUCUGAGUUUGGCUCCACUGAGCUAACCAAACCAGGAAGUAAAAGAGCCUGUUGUUGCUCGCAAGCCUGUGGGGUGUAACAAGGUUUAUUUAUAAAAGUGUACAUUUCUACUGAAAUCUUCACUUUUUGUGUAAAAAAAAAAAAAAUGGCACACUCUUCAAACAAAGUAUUUAAGCAAACCAAAGUGCUUUAGAAGUCUGGAGUGUUCCUUUAAGGAUCACCAUCAGGGCUCUAAAAAUAUCUGUCCUAGUAUGGAAUGUCCUGAAUAUUUUGUGUUUAUGGCUCUACGUGGCCCUGCAUUUGUUAAAUGAGUGAGAUUAUAUUUUGAUGUGGGAAUCUUUCAAACCUGGUUUGUUAUUACAUAUUAUAUCAUUGGUCUUCAUGGAGUUUUAGAAAUUUUGAAUUUCUAGCAUGUACUAGCAGAGGAUAUAACAUUAGUACAUGUUCACAUAUAUGCAUUGGCAUUUAUUGUAGAACAGGUCAGCUUUUUUUUUUUGCCAUGAUUUACAUUCAUGCACAUAUCCAGGAAGAAUAGGAAGGCUGGGAUAUGGAAUAAAUGGAAAUCCACAGUAAAUUAUAUUUUCCCUAAUGUAUAUGGCAGUACAAUCAUGUGCUUUAGUAAUCUACUUUAUGUUGGGAGUGAUUACAUGGUGACUCCGUAAUUUAAGUUUAAAAUAAGACCCAGUACAAAGGAGUCAGCCCUUCACACAUUCCAGUUUCUGCAUGUACCUUCAAUACGGCAAAAUGCUUAAAAAAAGAACAUAUUGACAAAUUGCAGUUUUUAUUGUCUAUAUUAAAUCCCAUCUGCCAUACACCAUCCAGAAUUAUUGUGCAUAAAAUGUUAGUUUCCUUAAAAUAAUAAAAACAAUAGUCUUGAUAUUUUAGACUUGAAGUUUUCAUGAGUUUAUAUCUUCUGACCCUAUGGAUUUAUGCACCUAUACAUUAUUUAAUUGCAUCAGGACUUUGUCUUGUGUCAGCCAAUCUUGUUAUAUUUUAUUAAGAUUAAAUGACAAAUCUGCAUCAAUUCCUCACUGAAAUAUGAAGAUCCAGAAGCAAUAUUUAUGUCUUGCACAAAUAAUCAUAUACAGAUAAAAGUAACGGCUAACACUGUGCCUCGUACAAAUGAUGAGUCUUUCUAAAAGAGCUUUCUGCAUUCGUUAAUUCUGAAGAAUAAAUCAUAUGAAAAGUUGUUUAGUCAAUCUGGCAAUGGCCCCAUUCAAUUUACAAAUGUGAUCCAGACUGCUACUUCAUCAUCCUUUAAAUCAGGGGUGGGGAAUCUUCGGCCCUUCAGAUUUUUGGACUACAUCUCCUAUAAUGCUCGUACAGCCAAAAUGCUGGCAAAGCAUCAAGGGAGAUGUAGUCCACAACAUUUGAAGGGCCAAAGGUUCCCCACCCCUGAUUUAAAUGAUAAAAGCCUUUGAAUUUUCGGUAUACCAAUAAUUCUUUAUAGACUUCUUACUUCUGUCUCAUCAAUUCCUUAAAAAUCUUAUAUACUUGAAAAGCGUUUAAUUUCCUUCCCAAGGAUGGCAAAUUAUACUUGGGAUUUCAUUUUGUGUCACUUUUCAUUACUAGUCUCAUUCUCUUUAUAAAUAUGCGCACUUUUCCCCCUAAGAAACACAGCCAAGAUAGCCUCUAUUUCUAUUUCAGUAUCUGAAUUGUCUGUUCUAACCUCCUACUUUGUACUGACAGUUUUUCUGCACUGAAGACUUUGAAAGGGUUUUCAGAAAUAAACUAGUUUGUGCAAAGGUUAUCCAAUGCAGUCUACGCAGAUUUUCUACUUUUAGCAUUUUCAGGCAUUGGUUGUUAAAUAGUAUACAUAAUUGUUUAUGCGUUUGUCAGAUUAAAUGUUUUGAUUUGGUGGUUUCCUUUUCUUUUGGUUCGGAAGAGGAAAACAAUCAGGUGUUUCUAGCACUUUUUGUAUGUAAAUAUAAGUAUGUUGCAUUUAAAAAAAUAUGACAAGAGGUUAUAUUAUAACUGCAGUUUCACCCCCUUUAGUGAAGUCUGGAUAUUUUGAAACAUAGGUGUGAAACAAAAAGCCCAUUAUUAGUUAUAGAACCCCCACUCUCCAUUCAUAUGGAUUCUUCAGAUUUGAGGGUUGCCAUUGGACCACAGCAUCAGGUGUACAGUUGUUCCAAUUUAAAGUGCUUGUUGUUUCUCAAACAUUUUGUAUCUAUAGAUUUAUAGUGUUGAACAGGGCAUGAUGUCUCAAUGAGCAGUGCCCCACCAUCUUUAAACUUCACCAGCAACCACAGGUUAAGACUAUAUUAAAAGUGAUCUAAGACAAUAGUAACAACAUUGCUAUAGGAUCGAUAGAUUUAAACAUGUGGUUUAGUGCAGGGCUCAACAAAUCCCAGGCACCAGGAUGCCAUGGAGACUUGGAAUUUUGCCAUGGCACCUGGAAUUUGCCAGCCCAGGGAGCAUGGUGUGGGUCAGGCCGGUCGGUCCAGGCAGAAUAUGGACACGCACGCAAUAAUCUGUAGGAUUAUUGCCAUGCUUGUUAAAGUGGAAAAAUUAAGUUUCCCAGGUUAAAAAGCAUAGCAAUAAUCUUACAGAUACUAUAUAAAAAUAUAUUUUUUUAAAUACAUAUAUAAUUUUUUUUUUUUUCCCAAUUAGGGACUAACUACCUUUCUAACACCAUCUGUUUAAGGAUAUAUCUCAUGGGCAGCAUCUGGAAUGUAGUAAUUUACUAUCACCAGAUGCCUCUGAUUUAUACUUCCUAAUUAGACCUGACGUUGAUUGUUAAGAGAAAUCCAAUGGGAUGAUGACAAGAUGAAUUUAUUUAAAAACUGCUUGAGAGCUUUCAAAUGCUACACAGUAUUACUUUCUGGUUACAUAGAUAAAACUAUCUGUCAGACAGCUUGCAUUUAUGCAGACUUCUUCUAAAUUCAGACCAAACUGACAUACCGAGAAGCUCAGGGAACCCACUAUCCACUUGGCAUUUAAAAUGACAACAACAUCAAGUCAAGACAUUCAAGUACAUUUUAAUAUAUUUACAUGUGGAGUAUUUCUUUCAAUUUUGUUAAUUACAUGACCAAACAUUGUGACAAGUUGACUCUUAGUGGAUAACUUAUAGUGGAUUUAUGAAUCUAAUUAUGAAUCUUUUUCUGUGUAUAAUAAAAAUUGAGCCUACAAAUGAAAAAAAAAAAUACAUUAAGUGUAAGUCUCAAAAAUAAUGACUUUUUUUCUAAAACAUGGUAGAUUAUUACACGGUUUACACAGAGUAUUAAAUCUGAUUGCCAUGUUUAUUUCCUUCUGCUGACCUAGUUCUUUUUAUAUUGUCUUGUUCUACCAAUAUGUCAUCAAACCAGAAUGAUGAAAACGAUAAACUUAAACAUUAAAUACAUUUUUAUUAAAAAGAAAUAUAUAUAUGAAAAAAUAAAAACUGUAUUAGUGCACUGUUUAUUUGGGUAGGAUCUAACAUUUGCAUCAAUGAAUGCAUCCACCAACACAAACAAACACUAUUCCUCAACUAUGAUUAUAACAAAAUAGGCAAUAUUAAAUAAAGACUAUACAGGCAUGUUUUAGACGUUAUCUAGUUAUAAUUAUAAGGUGACUAUUGAUUAGUAAUGGGGAAAAAAGACAAGUACUUUGUGUUUAUAAACUUGGUUUGCAUUACAAUAUUUUAUUAUAAAAUUCUUCACUAAAUGGGACAUUUUAUAAACGCAUUUGGAAGGAUUGUAUGCAAUUUAUGUGCUAUAAAAAUAAAAAUGGAAAACCCAGCUAAUGCUACCUCAGGCUAAUAUAUUCUUGUUUAAUUAUUUGCUAACCUCUUAAACAGUAAUAUUAUUUAGAGUAUUUUAACUAUGUACAUGUGAACAUAUUGUAUGUAUCUGCAAUAACAUUAUUUAUUGUUGGUUUAUUAUGUGGUCCUUUUUCUUUGCAAAUUGUAUACAUGAAAUAAAGUCAAUACAUUUUCUCAAAACUCAAUUUCCCUUUAAGUCACUAAAUAUUAAAUUUUCUAUGCUUACAAUACAUAGACCAUAUAAACAUAAUACCGGCUCUGGUAAACUUCUCUGACAAGCAUGAUAAAAUUGUAAUGUAGCCAGUAGGAAAAUGUGAUAUAAUUUCUCUGCAAGAGAAAAAACUACCAUUGGUGAAUGGCACACAACCAGUCUUGCCCUGUGGAUAUUCUCUCCCCCUCCCUAUGCUAGUCCCUUUUAUAU